AUGCCCUCAUAUGGUGCACAUUUAUUGAUCUUCAUGUGCUGCGUCUUAUCCGAGUUCUCGUAUUAUAUUGAAGCACUUGAGCCAUUCUAUUCGCAUCAUCAUUCAAAGCCAGCCCGUCCGGCCGGCCGGCCGUCCGUCCAGUCCCAUAUGCAGCCUCCCGCGGCCGAUGGAGGGAUGGAGGGAGAGAGAGAGUGGAGAGGAGAAGACCUCUUCCUCAACGACGAGGACAACGAGGACGCGAGAAGGAAGGAGGAGAAGAAGGACGAGUGCCACGCCCACGUCCUUCUGUUACUCGCCCCCGAGGCCUUUGUCCACCCUCGACCUGGGCCGCCCCGAAUUUAUUUAUUUCGAUGA